UCUCAACCGUCUAAAAAUCAUGCAUCCCUUUCACUCGUGUGUAAAAUCAGCUGACAUCAAAAUCAUCAGUGAGUUUUAUCUUUUUUUCUUCCUUCUUCUUCGAUGUGAUCAGAAUUCCACUUCCAACUUCUCGCAGAUAGUAAAAAGUUCCAAAAUGAUUCCACCAACUCCAAGAAGGAAGAAAUGGACAGAAGAAGAAGAACGAACCCUAAUUAACAAAUACGGUGAGAUGCUGCACAAUGGAACUCUCUCAAAGAUGAAAACUAGAGAGAAAAAAUUCAGACCAAUUGCAGCUCAGAAAAUCAAAAAACCCAGAGAAGAGAUUAUUGAUACUGCUAAUAAUCAUAAUCAUAAUGAAGAAGUAGAUGAUGAGAUUUUGGAUAUUGAGGAGUUUGAUUGGGGUGAGGGUUUAACUCACUGGCCUAAUUUUCUUAGGUAUAAAAAUGUAUUUGGUGAUGUUGCCUUAGGAGGAUUUAGUGGUCAUCAGAAUAAUAAUAAUAAUAUUGUUGGAAAUGAAUUGAUGAUUCGAGUAGAAAAUGGAAGGAAUUAUAGUAGAUCUAUUGUUGAUGUAUCAAGAUUUGGGAAUUUGGGGGAAGAUGGAUUUGGGGUUGGGAUUGAUGAUGUUGGGGAAAAUGGGGUUUUAGGAUUAGGGUUAGGAGGAUUCGAUUACGAUGGAGAGGAAGGGGACGGGCGUAAUGAUAUGAAUGGUAAUGUGAAGGAGAAUGGUGGUGGUGAUAGAUAUGAGUAUGAAGAAUUUGGUUACAUGAGUAGAAAAAAGAGGAAGAAAUUGAAAGGAACUGAUAAAAAGAUUUGGGGUUUUCUGAAUAGUCAAUUUGUGAAAUUGAGAGAAAGAGAAGCACCGUAUGAAGACCGUGAAGCUGAGAGAGAGCGGGAGAGACAGAGGAGGGAACAAAUUAGGUUAGAGCAUGAGCAGGAGCGAGAUAGGAGGUUGAUGGAGAGGGAGAGGGAGAAGGAGAGGGAAGACAGAGAGAGGAGUAGAGAGAAGAUGAGAAGGGAGAGGAUUCGUGAAUGGGAAGCGAUGGAAAAUGAGAGUAUUGAAAGAGAAAGGAGAAGGAGAGAGGAAGAAUUGGUAAUGGAGAGAGAAUGGGAGGAGAGGAUGCAAAGAAGGAGAUUGGAUUGGAAAAAGAGAAUGGAUGGCAUGUUAACUCAGCACAGAAUUGCGAUGGAUCAAAUGCAAACAAGAAUUCUUCAUGAUCAACAGACGGUUACCAAUCAAUUGCUUGGAAUACUAUCGCACUGGACUGGUCAUUCUCAUGGACUUCCUGAUCAUACAGGAUCCGGAAACGCUUAUCUAUCACAAAUGAUACAGAAUUUGCACCCUGUUAAUGGAAUUGUUCAUGGUGAAAAUAGGGUUGAGGUUGAUAAUCAAGAUGACCAAUAUAUAGUUGAUGGGUGACCUGGGUUCUAUAAUGGAUUACGUAGAUUGGACAUAUGAAGCUCAUGGAGUUGUGAGGGGCAGCGACUUUGUGUAUGACUGCAUGCAUCUGUUGGAGCUGUAUUAACUUCGGUUAUGUAUGCUAAUCUGGUUAGUCUGAAAUUUCUUUUACAUGGGUUUCUUCAUCUUAUUAGUGUUUAGAUUUUGGCUGUAAAUGUAUUUAUAUGAUGAAUGCUACAUCAGAUUGAUGAUGACAGACCAAUCACUUUAACUAUCUG